AAAAUAGUCAUUUGUUCAAAAAAAAUUAAAUGUAUUCCAAAGGGAAACAUAAAUAUCUCAUAAUUUUAAUAUACAUCUUUAUAUGGGUCAAAAUACUUUCUCAUGGCGGGGGUUCCUCGGCUCAAGCAGUAUCAUACGAAAACGAUCUGACUUCCGACACGCAUAUACCAAAAAGGCCCGCUAUGAAAGGAACAAAUGGUGAUCUAUAUGAUAUUUUCAUGGAACGUUUGAAUCAAGUCAAGCAGGAACUAAUAUAUCAUGAAUUACCUAACAAUAACCAAGAAGGAAAACUAUCCAGCCGAAAAAUAACACCAAGACAGGCAAAAACAACAAAUUUGUCACAAAAACGCCCAAAUAGAAGUCUCAGUCACAUUCCUAAGAUAAAUAGAUGCCGUAAUGACAACAUAUCUCAUCGGAAUUUAUCCCAAUCUCUUUAUCCUUCGGUUCUAACAAAAGCUCUAGAGAUCAGUUUAAAUCCAAAUAAGACUGGAAUUAAUAACAAGGGAAAUAUCUUGGAAAAUAUUGCGGAUAAAAUGAAUACAAGUGUCAUGGAUAUUGCUUCAAUUCUAACGAAACCCAUGGACCUGAAUGUAACCACUUUAGAAGAGUCCAAGAAUUUGAAGGGAAUUAUCAAAAAUUACAUUUUUGGAAAUGAAAACUCUGGGAAUUUUCAGCAGAAUCCAUCAAUUUUGAGAAAUAUCCCUGAUGAUAACAGGGAUAGAACAACAACUGAAAUAAGAAAUGUUCUGGAACGAGUUUUAGACAAAUUGGAACAAUUGAAAGGGUCUGAAAACCGAAAUGAAGGGGAAAAUCAUGUAAAUGGUACACCAUGUAAUAUUUUGGGCACCUGGUUUUCCACUACUUUGGGUUUAUGUUUCGAAAUCCAUUGGGCCAACAACAGCUUCCCUUGGUCAUACAACAAUAAAAGCAGCAACAAAUUAUCCAUAAAAAUCCAAGAAUGUAUACCACCGAAACGGCACAACGUUAUGGAUUUGGAGUGGAAAAUUGAGGGCACAACCUAUACUAAUAUUGGUGGUCCAUUUUAUGUGUAUACCCAACAUGAAAAAGAACAUUUAGCCGGCACUUUUCUGGGUUUUUGUUGGAUUUGUGAUGAUUCCGAUAUAGUCUAUGGAUCAUGGACUUUUCUCAAGCCCAUCAAAGAUUGUGUGGCUGCUUCAAUGGCUUUUGAGGUUAAGCGUGAUGUUUGGCGCAGAGAUCGCAUGAAAAUGAAAUGUAAGAAACGUUUGAAGGCCUUGCACUAUGGAGAAAAUCUUGAAAAGAUUAAAGAAACUGGAAAUUAAAUAUUAAAAAAUUAGA